AUGGCGGCUUCCACUGCAAAUUCCACUCUCUCCACUCUCGACCGCGAGAAAACUCUCCAAGAUCAACUCGCUCUUCCCAUCCUUCUCACCGACCGCCUCAUCAAAUCCGCCGGCGAAGCCGAGUCUUCUCUUCGCUCCGACUGCGUCGAACUCUCCCACAAACUCCGUGCUGCCGUCCGAUUGGUCUCCUCUCCGUCGUCUUCUUCCUCUAUUUACGACCGCCCUAUCCGUCGCAUCGCCGCUGAUGUCACCAAGAAUCUCGAAAGAGCGUUAACCCUAGUUCGCAAAUGCAAGCAUACUGGCCUUCUUCGCCAUGUUUUCUUGACUAUUACUUCAUCUGCUGCUGAUUUCAAGAAGGUUUCGAAUCUUCUACAAUCUUCUAUUGCGGAUUUUAGCUGGUUGCUAUCGAUUUACAGUGAUGAUGAAGGUGGUGCGAAUCUUGCGAUUCCUCCUAUUGGGAGCAAUGAUCCGAUUAUUGCUUGGGUUUGGUCUUAUAUUGCGUCGUUGCAGGUUAAUCGCCAGGUAAAGGAUCGGAUUGAAUCGGCGAAUCAUUUGGCUUCGUUAGCAGGGGAUAAUCAGAGGUACAGGAAGUUGAUUGUGGAGGAAGGAGCAGUUUCGCCAUUGUUGAGACUAUUGAAGGAUGGAGGAGGUUCUCCAGAUGGUCAGAUUGCGGCUGCAACGGCGUUGUAUAUGUUGGUAGAUGAGGUAGAGAGGACUAGGAUUGUUGCUGCUGAAGGCGGGAUCCCGAUCAUGGUGCAAGUGUUUGCGGAAUCGUGUAUGAAUGUGCAGAUAGCAGUGGCGGAAUUGGUUGCAAGAGUGGCGGAAAUCGAUUCGAUUGCGAGGGAGGAGUUUGGGAAGGAGAAUUUGCUGAAGCAGUUGAUUUCUUGCUUGAUCAUGGACGUGGAUAUGGAGGAAUACAAGAGGUAUCAUAGCGGAGGAGGUAAGAAUAGUAUUCAUUCUAUUGUUCAAAAGGAAUUAGCUGCUAAGAAUUAUCCAAAUUAUAAUAAUAGAGUUCAUAGUCAUGGUAAUGGUAGUAAUAGUUAUAGUUAUGGUAAGGUGCAUUCGUGUUCGUCGUUUGAUUCAAGGGUUGGGGGGAGUAGUUAUAAUAGGAAGGAGAAAGAGAAUGAGUCGCCUGAGGUUAAGCUUAAGCUUAAGGUUGUGUGUGCUUUGGCAUUGUGGAGAUUGUGUGAAGGUAGUGUCUUGAAUAGUCAGAAGGUUGCUGAGCCUAAAGGGUUGUUUUGUUUGUCGAAAAUUAUUGAAACUGAGAAAGGGGUGUUGCAAUACCAUUGUUUGAUGACCAUUAUGGAGGUUGCGAAAGUGGCUGAGGAUAAUGCCGACCUUAGGAAAGUGUCUUGGAAGCCGAGUUCUCCACCUGCUAAAGCAGUUUUGGAGCAGCUUCUUAGAGUGAUUAAGGAGGAGAGUAUCCCUGAUAUUAAAAUUGCUGCUAUUAGAGCAAUUGGGUGUUUGGCGAGGAUAUUUUCUGCUAAGGAAACAGGGAUUGUUAGUUCAUUGGUUAGUCAGCUUGGGAAUAAGGAUGUUGAUGUGGCUACUGAAGCUGCCAUUGCGUUGGCAAAAUUUGCUUGCCCUGAUAACCACAACUGUGUUGCGCACUCAAAAACAAUAAUUGAGUUCAAUGGAGUUCCUCUAUUGAUGAAAUUGUUCGCUGUUAGUGAUCGCUCUAGGAAACAUGGACUUGUUCUGCUCUGCUACUUGUCCAUGCAUGUUGGGAAUAGCAAGGAACUUGCUGAGGCUAGAGCUUUGAAAACGCUUGAGACUGCAGUUCGCUCUGGGAUGGCUCAAAAUGCUGAAUUAAGAGAUUUGUUUUCCCGAGCUGUACAUCAUCUCAUGUUUUUUGUGCUCAAAGGGUUGAAGCUUAAUGCAGUUUUGCCUUUGACUUCAGAGAUACUCUUGGGAGGCUGUCUACACAAAGUUGAAGGAACCAGCUAUGAAUUCAUCUGCCAAGUUUUCCCCACCCUUCAUGUCCUUGUGCAUUCUUUGUUCAUAAUUGAGAGAUUGGCAAUGUUGCAAUCGAUUCUAGACCCCUGUUUUCAGCUAGAUUGGUUGUUAUAUGUGACCAAUCACGGAAUCUCAUUGCAAAAGCCUUAUACAAUUUGGGAAAAGCUGAUUGCAAAGUUGCUUCUUAUCCGCUACAUGAUACUGACAGUAAUAUAUAUGCAUGCAGACAAACCAAUGAGUUCAAUUGAUGCUGAAUUGUUAGGCUUGGAUCCAACAUUGAAUGAUGAUACCUGCGAUCUUCCAAGGCUGUUGUGCUCAAAGUGUAUGAGAUGUGCAUUAAACAUCCAACUUGUUAAUUUAGGGGUGGUUGUUGAGGACUUGAGGAGUAAGAUGAAAAAUGGUCCAGCAACUAGUCGAAAAGGCGGUACUAGGCAUUUUUAUGGCAGUAACCUGAAGUUGAAACUUACUGCUCCAUUUCAACUUCAUUGGCAGAAUCAUGUGGUUAAGCUCUGUAAGGAAACUUACAGUGCCUUUGUGUGGGGAUAA